UCCACAACAGCCAAAGAAGGGAACAACUAGAAGCAACGCGGCUCGUCGUGGGGCUCCAUCUAGUGAGUCUAGUGCUUGUUGUAAAAAGGAUGGCUCUGCUAAAAGUCUCAAUACGAGUCAGAACCAAGCCUCAACGGAAGUAAAAGAAGGUAAGAGCAUUGGUUGUUCGUCUAUGCAGGAGAAGCAAGAACUGCUGGAUGAAUACAAGCCGACCGGAGAAACACUGGCUUCAGCUGCUGCAGUCUCCUGUGAAGCGCCAGAAACAAGAGGAGGCGAAAAUGCUGCUUUCCACUCCUGCCAGCCUAUCAAGAAGAUGCAAGAACAGCACAAAAAUGCCGAAAGCCACCGCACAGGAGUUGCAGGGGCCAGUGUCGAAAAAAUGUCGGGCGGGGUUCAACAAGGCUCUAGUUCGCGUUCGAUGGCAAGACGGCGACAAGCACGCAGACAAAAAUCGCAAUUGGAGGAACACAGAGAUGUUCCAGGUGUUGAAGCAAGCACAAGAAUAAUGGCAUGUAGUGACAAGAAUCCUAGAAUCGCAGAAGACGGUUCUGGUCCAGAUGUCCAUUGUGUAGUUUGUAGUGGUUGUGCUAGAGGCGAACAAGACCAGCAAUUAGUUCGUCGCGAAGAGGACAAAGAAAAAGAUAGGAGGACUGUUUUGGCUUGUCUACCAGCUGAGGUGACGGCUCGUUGGAAACAGCUGCGCAGCUUGCUUCGAUGCAUCUUGUGUGGUGAGCCAGAAGCGGAGAAGUCUUCGUGUUUUAAGGCUACAGUCAACACUAUCUGGUGGCGUUGACUAUGCUGAUUGGAUUUUGAGGGGGGAUUCAUUCUAAAAACUAGGGGGAAACGGAAGUAAAAAGGGGAUCCAUUCAAAUCAGCCAGGGAUAGUCCAGGGAUAGUGAUUGACUGGCAUCGUUAAGUCGUCUGGUGAGCGCGAAGAGACGACGACCCAUAGGGAAGCAGCGAGACUGACCGAUGAAGAGCGGACAUUGAGAGCAGCAACUAACCUGAGUGAGGCACUAUGCGUGACGUUCGGUCUUUUUGUGACCGUCCAAGGAGUGCAGAUGAUGCUAAACGAUGUUUUCGACCCCGAUCACGUGCAUGCUAUGGAUGAUGUUUUAUCCAUUUUUACAACCAUGACCAUCCUCCUGGCACUGCUUUGAAUUUCAAGAGAAAAAAUCCCAAUCAUUGCUCUACUGUUUCGAUGGAAAAAAUAAUACAUAAUUCAUACAUGCAGAAACGCAGACGCGUGUACGGGAAAAGGGUGCGAUUUUUAUCCUGCUUACAGUGCUGAACUGCAUGAACUCAAUGAAGUUGAUGAAGUCGUUAUUCGUGACGCACUUCCUGAAUCAUCCAGUGGACAACCGUGAUAGUCUGUACGUAGCACAGACCUUGUUAUUCUGGAGUGUCGCUAUCGAAGCCGAGCUCUUGCUUGAGAAAUCGAGAGAAGAGGAAGCGAGCAACGCUCAGCAAGCAGAGGCAGGAGCCAGUGCUCAAGCAGAUGAGGCAAGAAUGAGCGCUCUUGUAGUUAUGGGAAAAGAGGCCGAGAACGAAACGGGCGACGAAAGGAAGAUGAAUUUGGACGUUAUGGCAAGACUCAUCAUGGAUCAGGAGGAAAACCGGUCAUUUUGCCAAGACGAGGCGACACCGACAGCGGAUCAGAUAAAGCGACAAAACAGAGCUACUGACGUGGCAAUGGCAGGUGCAGAAGAAGACCGAUGCACGGACUUUUCAUCUUCUUGCGAACCGACGAAGACCAAUGACAGUCCUCCUAUUCCUACCUCUACGGAUGCGCCAGAAGAUGAAUUUUCAUCGUUAGAGUUGUAUCAACAAAGUAGACGACGACUUUGCGGGUGGAUUAAUAGUUACUUCGGCGCCGAGAUCUGGCUCCUUAUUUUAAGGCUUCCCGUAAUUCAUCCCUGUGUAUCCAGACCCCUCAACGAUGAAGCAUAUGCGAGUUGUAUAAAGGAUAAGGAGGGAUGGUUCCUCUAUCUGUAAGAGUAGAAAGAAGCAUAAGUUCUCUAGCAAUUGAAUUCUUACAUAAAUCUACUCCGUCUUCUAGCUCUUCCUCGUCAGGACCUCUAUAGUUCAUCUAUCUAUAUCCUCUUGAGGGAUCUGCUCCUCAUCUGCACAGGGAUGCAUUAGGGGUCGCUCGAAUUAUGGAUCUUUCGCGCGUCGGUCAAAAAUUUGCAAGAGGCGUAUACCUCUCAGUGCGUGAAGACCUCGGCUUCCUAAUCGAAAGCUCUCCUAGGGUAUUCUGUGGCGAAGAUGAUAGUCGCGACACAGUCCCAGGAAGUGCUGCUGAUGUGCUUUGUUGUAGUGAGAACGAGCCGCCAACAACAACAACAUUUAGUAGUCCUACGAGCGAACGUGACCGUGAGGACGGUGAGCGCGAAGCGAUUGACGUUCUAGAUGCUGGAACACACACGGAAAAUUAUGGCUGUAUGUUUUGCUUUUCUAUUCCAAUACAUAGUUCAGCAAGAAAUGCAGAAUAUUUAUAUUAAUAUAAUUAAGAACAUCAAUGAUGGAUAUGGAAGUCCUUAGUCACUACAUUUUCACUCCAUAGAAAUACUGGUCUUAGAAAGUCCUAGGUUCGUCUUAUUAUAAGAAUAGCAAUGUCACAAUACAAAUGCUUGGUUGUUCACGAAGUUUUGUAUCAGACAAUGACCAUGACCAUGAUCUCUGUCUAAUUAUGAAAAGAGCAAAGCAACAAGGGGCGAAAGAGUAAAGCCUGGAAGCGCAAUCGAGCAAAAGCAGAGCAGUUCUUAGCUGAUCAGGAAAAGCGCGCUGCUGCAGAAAGUUAUUGCGGACGCUAUGAGAACAUCUGGCACACCCUCCUUUUCUUUUUUAUCCUUGUUUCAUUAACAAAGUGAAAGCAGAAAAGUCACACAAGUUCAAAUCUCAAAUUUUCCUGUGUCAGAUAAAGCUUACUAAGUUGCCUCGUGUAGAACAAAACUGUUAUUGCGGACGCUAUGAGAUGUAGAUCUAGAUGAUUGGGAUUGCAUGAUGAAGGAACUGUUCUACUACUCAAGCACAUUUAAGAACAGCAACCGGUUAGCUUUCCCUCUACCCUUAGACUUAUCCCUUCUUCAAGCAGACUACUCAUCAACGAACAGGAUAAAUAUUAAUAUUGACUACAACGAACUCCAUCUCCAAUAAAGAUAUAUUUACAGAAACUUCGUCCUACAAUCUCUACUUCAAAUGUGUGCGAUUAAAUGGCAAGGUAUGCGGUAGGUCAGGGUCAGCUAUUUAGUGCCACAUUCUAAUCGAAAGGACAGCACUUUUUCCGCUUGCCAGAAGUCGAUAUCGAAAAGCUGCGCAUGAACAAGCCGUUCAUGGAUCGCUAUCGCUCUGUUGUACAGGGAACAUCGAACAUGUUCAAGCUGCACGCUCUGCUCGUCUCCACGCUUGUUUUAUGAUUUAUUGUGUUGUGGCUUUGUUUUUUAGUACCUGCGUGCGCUUCGAGAACAUGAGCAAGUUGUUUAAGUUGGAUUUCGUCGAGACAGAGCGUGCUAGUAUGUCCUCCCACCUUUCCAUCACUCUAAUUCGCGUUCUAAAAGCGCUGGAUGUAUUCGUGUACGACAUCGUGGUUCUCGAAGACGGCCACUUGCCUGACCUCACCUCAUGAUUUCAUUGAUUGCAGUACAACUACCUAGACUUGCUUCUGAAUUAUUUUUAGAACUUAUGAAUCUUGUCCUUAUAAAGUAGACGACCACGACCUGCGUGAAGAAUUUUGCGUGGUAGUCUGAAAACUCAAAAUAGUGAAGAUUAUGGAGCUGCUUAUUCCUCCUGGCAACCAAACGAUGAUGACCAAAAGCGAUGAUCAAUGAAUCAUCUUCGUAACUUGUGGUAACAAACUGACAGCACUUUUUGGUACAGAUGAUCAUCAAGAAUUCAUCGCAUGGACAAAAUAUAUACAUAGAAUGACCAGUCGUGAAUUAUCUUCCUCGUAGUUUCUCAUUACGUCAUCUAAAUCUAAUGCGAUCUGGAGUACUCAGUAACAUAAGCCUUUUCCUAUAACUUUUCCUCUAUUCUAGUCCACCAUGAUUUAUUUGUCCGCUACUUACAAUUACAAAUGACCUUCAUCUCGCGGAUGCCGUCUGAAGGGUUGUCCUCCUGUUUCUUCUUGUAAGUACCCUUUUCCUUUCUUUCUCAUCCUGACAUACUACAAUGAAAAUCAAUGUAGUUUCAUUGCAUUUUUGUUUUGUUAAUAAAGCUUCAGGUCCGUCACGCUAAUGCUUCCGGUCCGUCACUGAGUAAGAAGUUUGACAUGAUGAGAAUAGACACCAUCCUCCAUAAUGAAGCGGCUUUCGCAGAU